ACCGCCGGAGAGGCGAGGAGAGCGCGCCCGCUGCUUCCCGGCGCUGCUGCCCGGUGCGGCCCCGUCCCGCCGCCGCGCAAGGAUGCUGGUGAAGGCGGAGGUCCUGGCGCCGCCCGCCGAGGACGAGCUGCUGCUGCUGGGGCUGGGCUCGCCCGCCCCCUCGCCCUCGCUGCCGUCCAGCGCCGAAGAGGAGGAGGAAGAGGAGGAGGAGGAGGAGGAGCUGCGCGCCGCUCCGCCGGCUCGGCCUGUCGAGGCUCCGGGCGGCCGCGGGCUGCGGCGGGCGGAGGGGAAGCGGCGGCCGGGGCGGUCCCGCGGCGCCCCGCGGGCGGCACGCACGGCGGAGACAGCGCAGCGCAUCAAGCGGAGCCGGCGGCUCAAGGCCAACAACCGCGAGCGCAAUCGGAUGCACAACCUGAACGCGGCGCUGGACGCGCUCCGCGACGUGCUGCCCACCUUCCCCGAGGACGCCAAGCUCACCAAGAUCGAGACGCUCCGCUUCGCCCACAACUACAUCUGGGCGCUCACCGAGACCCUGCGGCUGGCCGGGGCUGCGCGGCUCGGCCCCGACGGGGCGGCGGCGGUGCCAGCCGAGGGCAGCCCCUCGCCCACCUCCUCCUGGAGCGGCGGCGCCGCCAGCCCCGCGCCCUCCGCCUCCCCGUACGCCUGCACUUUAUCGCCCGCCAGCCCCGCGGGCUCCGCCUCGGAUCCCGAGCACUGGCCGGGCCGCUUCGCCCCGGGGCCGCCGCCGCCGCUGCCCCGCCGCUGCCUCUAGCCCGGCGCGGCGCUGCCGGGGCUCCCCCCGGGGCGGCGGCGGCGACAGCGGCAUCUGCCCGCUUCCCAGGGCAGGGCGGGCUGUGGGAACGGCACCUGCCAAACCAA